GAAAGAUGUCGGCGCGAGGCGUAAAGUUUUUGUUUUCACCGGGAGAAGCUGUAUUGUGCUUUGAACCAGAUCCUACAAAGGCCCGUGUUUUAUAUGAUGCAAAGGUCCUUGACACAAACGUAGGAAAAGGUCGCGUCGCUGAAUAUCAUAUCCAUUUCCAAGGUUGGAACAGCAGCUGGGACAGAAUUGUCCCGGAGGACUUUGUCCUCAGAAACACUGAGGAACAUAGGAAUGUGAUGAAAAGAAUAGCAAAGAUUGCUAGAAAAGUAAAACGAAACAAAAUGCGUAAGAAGAAGAUUGACAAGAUUCUCGAUCGUGUGUUGAGGCGGAGUCGGAGGGGAGGCGAUGACGGUUCGGGCGGAGAUGACGAGAGCGAUAUGUCGGAGGAUAAAGAUUGUGAGAGUGACGACAGCGAGGAGGAAGACUCAGAUACAGGGUCCACUGGGGAUGACGACUCUGAUGGGAGACUAGGGGCUCGGGGGCCUGGUAGUGACAAGUCUGAUGGUCCAGCGAGCUGCUCUGAACAUCAGAUGACUUCAGAGCCAGAGGAGGAGGAAGACGAGAUCAAUCUGGACAGGAUUCCGGAAUUAAGACUUGAAAUCCCAGAAAUUCUCAAGAAACACUUGGAGGAUGAUUGUUACUUUGUCCUCAGAAAGAAUAAAUUGGUCCGUCUGCCGGCCGAUCCAAAUAUCAUCACCAUCCUUGAGGGAUACGUCAAAAGUUUCGCCAUUAACAUCCUGUGUGCCUCGACGGAGAAAGUCCGUGUCCGAGGGGAGCAGCUACCAACUCCGCCAGAAAGAAAUAUUGAGCUGUGCAAGGAACUUGUGGAUGGUCUGAGGCUGAUGUUUGAUUUCAUCUUGCCCACACAUCUGCUCUACAAUGUUGAGGAAGUGCCUCAUGCGAAUUUACAGACGACAUUCAAGCCACCUUUUGGUGCCAAAAGUGAUAGCUCAGAGACUGAUGAACCCCCUCCAGCAGUUCCAAUGUCACCAAGGGGGCGAACGACCAGACAGAGUGUUAGCAGCCCCCCUGCGGAACCCCCUCUAAAGAUCCCGAGACUGUCGCCGAAAAACAUUAAAAAAGAACCGUUGGAUGAUGAAGAUGAGGCUCCAACUCGACGAAUAACCCGCAAAUCUUUAGCCGAGGCCGAACGUGCGGGAAGAUCCCUUGAUCAGCCACCCGUGAUGGAAAAAUCUCCGGUGCUUGAGUCGAAGGAAAUGAGCGUGAGGGAGAGGAGGCGUUCUAAGGCGGAGUCGAAAAAGACCGGACGAGAAUUACGACGCUCUAGCACCAGAUUGAACUCCUCCGGGUCCCAGGCGUCGACCUCUAAAUCUUCGUCGGAGGGUCGGACUCUGUCUCAACGUAUUACACCACCACCGCCAUUGUUAUUACCCAGCGUCAUGUCGAGUAAGACGUCGUCGGCACACGUUACGCCAACUUUGAAAUCGGUCAAUACGGGAACGUCCGCGAGUCGUGCGACGUCCAAUUUUGGGCCUCCUGAGAAUGGCGCGCAGCUGAAUGGAAUUCUGUCGUGGAAGUUGAUCCCUCCGGAGGUAUAUGCAGAGACACCACCACCCCCUAGUGUUAUGUAUGGUGUUCAUCAUUUGUUGAGAUUAUUUGUAAAAUUACCAGAGUUUGUCAAUUGUAUGCCGAUGCCUCACCACAAACGCGUUGUCCUACAAAAGCAUUUAGAUAUGAUAUUGGAGUAUUUGGUUGAGAACACAGAACUAUUUCCUGAAUCUGCCUACGUGGAUGUGCCAGCAAGUUCGCCCACGAAACCAGAAGCACGGCGGAGAUAGCCUGGGACAGUCUCAUUCUCUGGAGGGGCCAUGAAUAUGUUGGGGAAAAUAAACUGUUACAUGUCAGAAAGGUUCUGCUGUAAACCUAAAAAAUUUCCCCCUUUUUCAGUUAUUCUAAUAAAAAGUAUUUUCGCAAUUUUUUUUCUGUGAAAAUCCACCAAAGUAAGGCACCUGCGAAAAUUUGACAGUCUACAGUUUAUCAAUAAUUGAAGGACUGAGUGGAGAGUAUGUCUCUGGUGUUGUGUGUGUUACAGAGGCCCUGUAUAUAAAGGGUGAUUUGAGGAUCUACACAAACAUUUUACAAUUUGUUUAUGUACGCUUUUCUUACCCAUGUGCCACCCUGUCCCUGUGAGACGAAGGACUGGUGCUGCCAAUACAAGGGUUGAUGUGUUUUCCAUUAAACAUGAUGAUGAUACCCUUUGACCAAGGCCUUUUAGAAUACUUAUCAUGAGCUGAGUACUUUGUUUAUCUUGUGUAGUGUCUCACCUGCCUCUCUGCAUAUAGACAGUGUGUGUAGCGCUAAUAUUUAUCAUGACAUUUUAAGUAGAGACAAGACCACCAUUGAUUUUUAGCUCAGCUGACAAAGUCAGCGGAGCUAGUAGUAUAGCUGUUCAAAUGGUGUCCGUCCUGCAAUCCAUCCAUCUAGGGACCCAUCUGUGGACAAAAUUGGACAUUUCUGACCGGGAAGGCCUAGCCACUUCGUUGACGGUGCUAAAUUAGGAGUUGCCCAAGGUGAACUCAAAAAACGAAAAAUCGGCGCGAUCCGACCUGUAUUAAGAGAAUGAGGUCAUUUCGCGUUUAGAUUUCUUUCCCUUUUUACCUCGGUCCACAGAGCAAAUAUUGUUUUCAAAUGUGGCUGAAUAUUUUUAAAUAUUUUUUCAUUUUUUACUUUUAAUGGAAUUAAUAUAGUUUUCACCGCCAGUUGGCGCUGCAGGCACAUUGCCUGAAUUUUGGCGAUUUCAAAUUUGGCGGUGGCUUAACUUUUUGCAAGCAGUGCCGCUGAUUGGCCGAUCGAUAGAAGAGAUGCCACCAUUUAAAAAUGGCGGUAGUCGCUGCUUCAAUGAAGGUGAGUGAACUUUCUCAUGUUCAAUCGGUUGAUACUCUUUUAAUCAACAUGACCAUGUACCUGAAAUUUGUUUAGGUACUGAAAAGAGUCUAUAUAAUUCAGAUUUAUCAAUAGUUUUUUAUAAUAUUCCGGAAAUUUUGUGAACAAAUUAGCGGAAGUUGGUGCUCGUCUCAUGUCAUUUUAGAGCGAGAAAUUUGUUUCCGUCGAUCUCUACCACUGAAAAAUCGCUUGCAUAGCUUCGAAUUUUUGUGAAAAUAAGUAUCUGAAUUUGGUUUCAAAUAGUCUAGAGAGUUACCUUUGUGGUGAUACAUAUGGUAUGUUAUAAAUAUUUGUGGAAUUUGUGAAAUUCGGUUUUCAAACGUGCCGAUGAUGCAAGCGAUCUCGCGUGAAUUUUCCUGAUAUGUCGACCGGGUGUCAAAAAUCACUCGCCUAAAUUCAAUUCAAAGAUCGAAAAUGAUAUCUGAACUUAGUUUCAAAUAGCCUACGCAAUUAUCAUUUCGGUGAUAUAUAAUGCAUGCAUGUAAUAAUUGAUUAAUCUACCUAAAACGCGAAUUAAAACGGCGAAAGAUCGUGAUAAACACUCUGGUGGCGGUCGCACUAAAUAACGACCGGUAGGGCCCGGCGUGUGGCGGAGAAAAAAGGUAGCGCCCGGAGGUUGAAACGGGAUUUUUAUGCACUUUUAACUGUAUAUAUAUGUUGUUUAGAUGUAUUUCUAACAGUUCUGUAACUUUUAUGACCAAGCUUGCACCCAAAGUUGGUAAAAUUGAUGCUUGUUUAUGGACUGCGCUAGCGACCGGAGAAUUCGCCGUCGGCCAUUUUGGGACGGUCCCGGAGUUGUUGUGGUUGGCAAUUUUGCAACAUAUCUCACCAUUUAUGAUUUACGUUUGUUUACAAUUAUUUUGAAAGUCACAUUAUGACAUCGUAGUAUGAAUUCCACUGCAGUUUCCUUACGCAGCAAUGCUCAUGUUUUUGGUUGGCAAUCCUGUACUGUCUGUACACUGCGCUGUGCACGCUUAGAGUAUAACUCAACAGGCCCUCAUGAUUCAUUUGAUGGACACCUUAUUUGAUAGUACCUCAUCAUUAAGUCCACUAGAUCCUGUUCUGUCACAUGUCGUAGACGAUCGACAAUUUUCAAAAUGUAGUACCCGGUACACCACUCGCUCACGGCUCACAUCAUGGGCACGGUUGGCUGUUGAGUGUUAUGGUUCAGUCUGUGAGACUAAUUCAAAGAGGUUACACUUUUAUUUUGAAUUGGAAAACAACCCCCAGGACUGACUUUUCACUGAGUGAUAAGUGUGCCCUUCGAAGGUUAAGUCUCUUUCUGGAUUUGCUUCCAUAGAUGCCUUGUUCAGGAUAUCAUCUGACCGAUGCCUGAUCAAGCACAGACUGUAUCCGGUGGUGUACAUUUCCCCGUCUAUGUCACCCUUUUUUAUUCAGUCAGUGUUAAUUUCUCUUCUCUUUUUUUACAGAUUAACUGUUGUUGGUUAUUGCAAUGCAAGAGGAGUCGUUGGCACAUUUCAAGUCCAGGAAAGCACUUGCUGUUCCCACAUUCAGAGUAAGGUGUGCUUACUCGUUUUACUGCUUUCCAUUCCUGGAGAGCGUUAUCAAAUAUCUGCCGCAAGGCAACAAAUAUCUGCCGCAAGGCGCUUCAAAUAUCUGCCGAAAGGCAUCAAAUAUCUGCCGCACCAAUAAAGUUCAUUUUGUUAACCAACUCUUUAUCUUCUUCGUUGCCUCAUAACGGUACCGACACACACUUGACCCUUGCCUUCACCUAUCCAUUUCAGCUGAGCGCCAGGCCCUUGGGCCUCUUGUUUAAGCCUUUUAGCAGUUAAAUUGUCAAUGUUUGACCGCGACCCAUCAAAUACUGCGUGCGGUUGUGAAUCUGAAAUUUUUAUGUGAUAUUCCGGACAGUCGGGCAAGUAAAUGGUGAAAAGUAAACUGGUAGUUGACCACGGAAAUUUUUUGAUAAUCGACAAAUUAGACAGACAUUGAUGUAUUCCACUCUUCAGCCAACUGGCAGAAAAAUCUCAAAACACGCCCCCGAUUACCAAAUUAGCAAAAUUCAAAAUUAAUUUGUUCAUCAAAUAAUUUCUUUAUAUCUGUAGAGUUGCCACAGCAAAUAUUUUUUCAAUACCUCUCCAAAUAUGUACUUGAGGUUUAAAAACAUACUCGCGUCUAAUUGAUAGGUCUCGACCCUCCAACCUAUGAAUAUUCAUUGGUGGUAUUGUCUCAGUAGCGACUGUGUCUAGCACUUUGUGGGUACAUUGUAAAAAUAUGUCUUUUCAGAGGUACUCUUUUAACUUUUAACUUUUCAAUCAAAAUACAUGUAGUUGGUUCCAAAAUUGAACUGCAAAUGGUUUUUUUGCCAGGCCUGUGCCAUUUGAAAGCUUCAGUAGACCAAGAUAUCCCCUUGUGGGGGAUGUAAUUUCUCAUUACUUGCAAACUUAGUAUCAGAAUAACCAACCCAUUUCGGUGUCUGUGGCUAAGAACUUCAUAACGAGGGAGUCCUCAGCUUUCUAAAGCACUUCUUCGACAAACAUUCACUCAGCACUUGGAGGAGAUAUUCUUCAGGGAGUAUUCCUCCUUCAAGGUGGGAUAAGCAUUUUUGUGUGCCACUUCAAUUGGGCACCAAAUGGGUUAAGACGUAGCAAUUUAGUGUUGGGUGUCUUACUCGAGACCACCAAAACAAUGGGAGAUGUGAAUAAAGACUAGCAAAUGCUUUUAUCUAAAACUCCAUGUACAUUUACACUAGACCUUCCUGUACAAAAUUGAAGUAAAAGCAUUUGCUGGUCUUUAUUCAUAUCACCCAAUGACUCAAAUUGAUCACAUUCUCUUGGUUUGGGGGGACUAUUGUAUCAAAGGAUUUUAUGCUGGAGCAGAUCAUUAUAUUUGGCUUAACAUCUGCAUACCAUUGCCACCUAAGUGUUCAUAAAAUGCUAAAAUUGUAAAUACGCCUUCAUUGUGCUUGUACAGAAUGAAAGUUCUCAUUAUAUAUUUUGUGACAAUAAAAAACAAUCAUCUUUGCUUA